GAUGAAAGCUCUGUACAUUGAAAAAUGUAAGGAUAUGGUCAAGAAAAGAAGACAAGAAAUGUCAUCGUCGUAUGCAGAUUUACAAAAUGUGACGCUCACGGCGGCCGAAAAGGAUCAGAACUCACUUCCAUGUUAUUUUGAAGAAAAAACGCCUAAAACAACAAUUGAGAUGGAAUUAGAUGAUAAUGAUGCGCCUCCAAAUAUAUCGCAAUGCGAAUCAGAAGCAAUGACAGAAGAAAAUCAAUAUAAGGAAAAGGACCAGGCUUCAAACGUAUUACCUGAAAAUCAAUGUGAAGAAAGUAAUGCACUUCCAUAUAUAGUUGAAGGCACAUCUGAAGUAACGAUGCAGCCUGAAAUACAAAACUUGGGGCACCGAAUAAUAGAUUUUAAUCAUUUCACAUCAGAACUUGUAAAAAUUUCUCAACACAAAUCUCUGUUUAAAUGCGGAUUAUCUACAAUGAAAUUAAUUUCUGAACAUCGAAUAGGAUUGCAAUCUGAAUACACAUAUGUAUGUAUGAUGUGUAAUUAUAAAAAUAAAAUAAAAUCGUCAUUGGAUGAUGUGAACAAAGAUGCUGUUGCGGGUAUAAUGGCCGCAGGUUGUGGUCAUGCGCAAUUAAAACAAUUUUCAGCAGCAGUAGGUUUACCUAUUAUGUCAGAAUAUACCUAUAAUAAAACUCAAAAUGAUAUAUGUAGGGAUUGGGAGGACACUGCUUGGGACGAAAUGAAAUUAGCUGGUGAAAGAGAAAGAGAAGAAGCAAUUAAAGAAGGAAAAGUCACGAAAGACGGAAUACCAAUGAUUGAUGUAAUUGUAGAUGGGUGCUGGAGUAAACAACCAAAAACAAAGGAAAAUUCUGAUGAUACUGUUGCUGACACGGAUAAAACUGCUGAUGUCGACAAUUUUGCUUUUGUUGACGAAGAUGUUGCUGACGCAGACGAUGUUUCUGUCGUAGAUAGUUCAGAAUAUAUUAUGGCUUUUUCUGAAUAUUGA